AUUCUUCUUCCGUAAAAUGCACACAGAACACAACCCAACACCCGCUCUCCUCCUCCUUCUUCCUCCUCUCUGUUUCGUUGCCGCUGCAACGUUCCUCUCAGAGUCGGUCAAUAAAUUUACAGUCAAUUUUGUACAGCAGUACGCGGAAAAUACAAGAUUGAUUAAUUCGCAAGGCACCGAAAAUUCAAAUACUUUCUGGUCCGAUUAGAUGUUUGAUCUGAUGAGAAGAGUAACUGUAGUAUGAUAGGAGCUGUGCAAUUGGGGGUGUUGGCUGCGUGCGUCGUCGUUUUGGUCCCAAUGGCCAUGGCCGGAUACCAUCUUAGCCGCAACAAGAUGCUGUUCUUCAGCGGCGCUCUCUUCAUCACUCUCGCCAUCGGCGUCCACCUCACCCCCUACUUCCCCACCGUCAACGACUUCGUCACCACCGUCUCCUCCGUCGUCGUCUUCGAGAACCGCCGCGACUCCUGCCUCUCCCACCUCCACGACGUCGUUUGGGAGGUAACCCCUUCCCCCAAUUUCAACCCCCUCGAUAACAACACUGCCAAUUACGACAAGUCGUGGGCUUGGGCUUCUUCCUCCGCCGUUUCUGCAUGUGGGUUUCAGAAGCUGGGUCGUUUCGACGCCUCAGAUCUGCUCAACGGCUCGUGGGUCGUGGUGGCCGGAGAUUCUCAGGCAAGGCUGGUGGCGCUUUCGCUACUGAGUUUGGUUCUGGAUUCUGGGCCUCUGGAGAUGGUUAACAAGGAUAUGUUCAAGAGGCACAGUGAUUAUCAGAUUGUGGUGGGUGAGAUUGGGAUGCGAUUGGAUUUCAUCUGGGCUCCUUACACUCUGAAUUUGACCAAUCUGGUGACGAAAUUCAAGCGAAAUCGGAACUUCCCGGAUGUGUUGGUGAUGGGUUCUGGGCUAUGGCACAUGCUCCACUUCACCAACGCUUCAGAUUUCGGUGUUCAAUUGCAAUCACUCAGGAGGUCUGCGGCGUCCUUGUUGCCACUUUCGCCGGAGACCGGCUCCGAUAAGCCGGAAACCAGCUCGGCUUCAGGCUCUGGUUCGGCCCGGAGGCCGCACUUGUUCUGGGUUGGCAUGCCCACGUUGAUAAACUCGAUGUUGAAUACGGAGGAGAAGAGGGAGAGGAUGACUGAUGCAAUGCGUGGUGGGUAUGAUAAGGAGCUUCAAAAAAGUAAGCUUUUGCAGCAAUCCGGUGGUCCCCUUUGGUUACUGGACAUUGAGUCCCUGAGUUGGAAUUGCGGGGUUCGAUGUACGGUUGAUGGAAUGCAUUAUGAUAUGCCUGUUUACGAAGCAGUGCUGCACAUCAUGCUCAAUGCAUUGCUCAUCGAGUCUCACCAGAAGCUUUGAUUUGAUUCUUUUUGUUUUCUCUUGGUAUAUGUCCUGUUCCGGUUCGAUGGUUUGAUUUCAUAUGGAGAGAGCUUUUGAUUCAUGAGGGAAGUCAGUUGGCUCCUUUGCUUCCUACUUUUAUCGUGCAUCUUCGGUUUCCGCCAGGUUUUCUCUCUUGGCCCCGGAUUAACCCAGUAUAGUUUAUGUGAGAUAGUAAUUGAGAUUGAAAUUCAUUUGUAUCUUCAUUGCAUUUAUAUAAAUAUUGAAUAUACUUACACGUAUUGUGUAGUCUAUAGUCAAGACAAUACACAUCCGUUGUUGAUGAAUCAUUCAAAAAGAGCUUCCUGGAUAGAAAAUACAUGCUCCUUUUCACACCUUCUGUAGAUUAUAGCGGACACAAAAAUUUUGUUGUUUCGCGUCUGUUGUGCUU